CGCGCGCGCAGGGGGCCAUAAAAGCUGCAGCGGCGCCGAGACGCCGAGCUCGCCCACCGCCCCGAGCAGCGGCCGCACCAUGCACGUGAAUGGCAAAGUGGCGCUGGUGACCGGCGCGGCGCAGGGCAUCGGCAGAGCCUUUGCGGAGGCGCUCCUGCACAAGGGCGCCAAGGUAGCGCUGGUCGAUUGGAAUCUUGAAGCAGGUGUAAAGUGUAAAGCUGCCUUGGAUGAGCAGUUUGAACCUCAGAAGACUCUCUUCAUCCAGUGCGAUGUGGCAGACCAGGAACAACUGAGAGAUACCUUUAGAAAAGUUGUAGACCACUUUGGAAGAUUGGACAUUUUGGUCAAUAAUGCUGGUGUGAAUAAUGAGAAAAACUGGGAAAAAACUGUGCAGAUUAAUUUGGUUUCUGUUAUCAGUGGAACCUACCUUGGCUUGGAUUACAUGAGUAAGCAAAACGGAGGUGAAGGCGGUAUCAUUAUCAAUAUGUCCUCUUUAGCAGGGCUCAUGCCUGUGGCACAACAGCCUGUUUAUUGUGCUUCAAAGCACGGCAUAAUUGGAUUCACACGCUCAGCAGCGAUGGCAGCUAAUCUCAUGAACAGUGGUGUUAGACUGAAUGCCAUUUGCCCAGGCUUUGUUAAUACACCCAUCCUCGAGUCCAUUGAGAAAGAAGAAAACAUGGGACAAUAUAUAGAAUAUAAGGAUCAUAUUAAGGAUAUGAUGAAGUUCUAUGGAAUUUUGGACCCAUCAAUGAUUGCAAGUGGAUUAAUAACACUCAUUGAAGAUGAUGCUUUGAAUGGCGCUAUUAUGAAGAUCACAACUUCUAAGGGAAUUCAUUUUCAAGACUACGAAACAACUCCAUUUCAUGCAAAAACUCAGUGAACAUCUUAUAUAUCAGCCAUAACUGAAAAUAAGAACAAAUGACUUCUAUUAGACCAUAUCUUCAUUUGAAUAUAGCUUUUUAAACCAAAUGUAAUUGUGUUAUUGUCUGAAGCUUUCCUCUGUGCAUUUGAUAUUAACUUUAUCUCUAAAUGAUAAGUUAGGUAUUUGGAUAAAAACAGUCAGGAACUAUCAAAAACAGGGAUGUGAACCAAAGCUAACUUUUGAUCUUUAUAGUCUAUGUAAUGAUUAAAACAAAGGAUAUUCAAGGAAUAUUCUGCCUUUCAGAAAAAUGUAUUUAAAUUUGUGGUACAUAAAUAUUAAUGUUUUUCAGAAUAUCAUUUUAAAGGAAAUACUUGAAUUGUUAUUUAAAUCAAACCAGAUGUAAAAAUCUCAUUUUGUUUUUAUGUUCUCACUUGAAAAAAAAGAAGCUACCUACAAUGGCAAAUUUUUAGUAACAAUAACUUUUACUUAUAUGCCAUCUUUCAGCUGAGCAUUUCAGCUCUUUAAAGAUGUGGCAUAUUUUGGGGCCAGUAGUUAAAAGAAUAAACUACAGUGUGAAUAUAUCCCAAAUGAAAAACCUGAUGUAUGGGAAAAUGACAGAAAGUAACUGACUGAGAUAUUGAUCCACAGUUCAGCUUCCCAUCUAGGAAGACCAUUUCUUUCUUGUUUGCUUACUUUAAGAAAUUUAAUUUUCUCCAGAAAUCUCAGGAAUGAAACAUUUAACAGUUAUAGCAAAAAUGAUAGUGCUUCUUAAAAUAUUAUAUUUAAGAUCACUUCAUUAAGGAAAAAAAUACAAAUAUAACAUUUUUCAGGUUACUUCAUUUGUGAAGUAACCAAUUUCCAUAGUGCCUGAUUUUUAAUAAAACUCUUUUCUUCUUCUAAUCUCCAGAAUUUAUUUAGUGUUUUAUGUAUAGCUAUUGAGGACAAAAACUAGUUUUGUCACAGCCUCAAUUGUAAAUGUUUCUGUGUGCUCAAAGUCGUAAUAACAAGAGGUAAAGUUAGCCUGUGGUGUUUUGCUAUUUUCCCUGUCAAGUGUUUUAAGAUAGGAUCAGUAAAUGCAACUGCUUUGGGUAACAUUAUUUGCAAGCAAUAAUUAAUGCCACUGAUAGUGAAAGCACAAGAUUUCCAAAUCAAUCAUUUUUUCAUAGAAUAUUGUAUUAGUGAUUCGCUCUGCCUGCUAAGUCCAAAGCUCCCAGCUUGGAGCAAAUGCCGUCCAUGUGAGAGAUUGAUGAGGAUUUUUCUAGAGACACGGGAGUGUUAUCAUAUCUUGCUCUGUUUUAAUUCUGCCAUAGAGAACUAUUGCCUUCACUUUUAAGGUGUAAUUUUAAUAUGAAUAAUUCUUGUCCAGAGUUUCACAUAACGUAUUUGAAAAACAAGAAGAAGUGAGCAUCUGAAUGUCUGAUAGAGAAGAGUUGUAAUCAUGCAUCAACUUGUUCACACAUUGUGGCAGUAACUAGUCGGGGAAUAAUACAGGCAUGUGGAAAUGUCUCUUAUCUUACAUAUUUUCCUACUGUAAUGUUCAAUGCUGUAGCUAAAACUUCUCAUUUAUGGAUCAUUUUUUGUAAACUGGCAGCCUUCAGUAUACUUUGUGAUUUGAGUGGAAUUUGUUUCAAAUCAUUGAACUCUGAAGACAUAUAAAAUCAAAUACUGAGUAGAACUGAAAAAAAGUGACCUACAUUGUAAAAGUUUAUCUUACAUUAAAAUGUAUCUGCUGUAUAUAUAGGGGUGCCUGUGUGGCUCAGUUGGUUAAGUGACUGCCUUCGGCUCAGGUCAUGAUCCUGGAG